UGACGCCGUCUACCCGCUGAUAAGCAACCACCGCGGCCCUACCUACCCGAGUCCCAUAUCUCGCCACCCGACCACCCGAAGCUGACAGCGUCUCUCUCCACUCCUUUCUCCGGACAAGCAUCAUGACGACGGUGACCUCGGUCGUGGCUGCUGUAUUGGUACUGAUGACCAUCGCCCAUGGGACACCUGUCCUGUCGAGGGCAAAGCGAGUUGAUACAGAUGCAGGGAAGGUGAAAGAAUUGAGACAAAAGUUGUUGCAGUUGCAAGAAAUGUUAGAAGAUAUCAACAACAGCAAAGAAAAGGACGACGGUGACAAUACUUUAAAAACAUCAUCGCCUGUGGCAAUUGGCUCAAAGAUCGAGAGAAACAGUCGUGAACCAAUGAGAAGCGAGUAUGACGACGAGGCUCCAACCAGACAAGACAAAGUGAAGUUGCUUGCCACCAGAUUGGUGGACGGGGACAGGAAAACACUGAAGAUGCUGGAGAACACUUUGGCACACGUCCGAUCUCAGGAGGAGGCGGGGGCACUGCAGGACGAGGACAUUGCAGCAGGAGAUGAGUUAGGGUUCCACGAGGAGGUAGUAGCCGACAACGUGGACACACGUCAAGGGGAAAGCGACACGGAAGCUGACACGGAUGUUGAAAGUGACAUCAUGACUUUGUUAAGGCGGUACAAACAACGUGCAUCACAAGACAUAUUGCCGAGGUCUCGCUCCCAGCAGGUGAUCGAGGAGGGCCAUUUUGGGGAUUUCCGGCAUGAAGUGCUACAUGCGGUAGAGGACCGACUGUUGAAGGACAUCCAGAUGGCGCUGCACAGCGGCUUCACGGUCAAGGACAUCAUACAAGAUCUGGAAUCCCCAGAUGAAGAGUGGGGCGACACCAAAAAACGUGAGAUUGAACGAGAGUUGGACACGCUGAAGAGUUUGAGACGAACUGACUAAAGAUACAUCGAUGAGAUCAGAACUAUGCAUUUACUGUGCAUCGCCACUCAACUAGCUCGCCUGUUACUUGUACUCGCCUGUUACUUGUACUCGCCUGUUACUUGUACUCGCCAGAUACUUGUACUCGACUGUUACUUGUACUCGCCAGAUACUUGUACUCGCCUGUUACUUGUACUCGCCUGUUACUUGUACUCGCCAGAUACUUGUACUCGCCUGUUACUUGUACUCGCCAGAUACUUGUACUCGACUGUUACUUGUACUCGCCUGUUACUUGUACUCGCCUGUUACUUGUACUCGCCAGAUACUUGUACUCGCCUGUUACUUGUACUCGCCAAAAGCUUGUACUCGUCAGUUACUUGUACUCGUCAGUUACUUGUACUCGCCUGUUACUUGUACGCCAUACUCUGCCUGAUGACCUAUCAUUGCUCAGUUAAACUCGAAUCAAUCGUCGUGAUUGUCAUUCUUUUAGAUACGAAUUAUUGUAUCAUUAGAUCUCCGCUUAAAUUUCUAGAAAAUAGAAAUAUAAUUAUUGUUAAUGGACCAAAUAUAUUUACACAUACUAACUGCGCUUAGUCUAUUGAACAGGAGUAUGUUACUGUCAAAUACAAUUGGUUAUAUGUGUAUCAGUAUUGACCAUAAGAGGUACGCAUCUGUUAUUUGACUAGUAAUACGGUGAUACUUGGCCCAGCAAUCAUUCCUAAGUGGUUGAUGAAUAUCUGUGUGUAAGACCAGUGUCCUCCAAUGAUGUUUCACUUCGGAUGUACAUAACAAAAACGUUCAGUUUUAGUUGAGACAUGAUAUGCACAUUCAUCAAAUAGGUGUCGUCAUGGAAACAUUCACGAUAAUGUUGCUAAUUAUUAUCAUCUUUUUUGUUUUUCAUAGUUUCACUAAAUUAUCAAUAUUUAUACGAACUCAUAGAAUGUGUAUUUUGUUCAUGCAAAUUACGUUUGUUGUCGAUUGCAUUUGAUUAAAACCAACUUUGUUUAUACGUGU